AUGCCGGAAAAUGGAUCAGAUAAUUUUGAGGAAUACAAUGAGCUCGUUGCGGAAGCUAAACAAAAGAUAUUAGAGAAGGUAGGGAUCGUUAUUCUUUUUCUUAUAUAAAUUCUAUUAGUUUAGUUACACCGUGUACAAAUCAAACAUGACAAGGUGAACGAAGCGCUUAGAGGAGUUAAGGGAUUCAGUGAGAGGGUUUUGACUACUGGAGCUAAUAAAAUGAGCCAAGGAUCAAAGUCGAAACUUAUCGCUCUGUAUAAUACGGCAUUAAAACAAUGCGAAGGAGAAGCCGAUAGCAUUCGGAAAGUUCUUGACGAAAUUCAGAAACUACGGAAGACUGAAUUUGACAUGAUUCUCGAUGGAAAGAUGUCUAGGGGACAGAUGAUUUCCCUACUGAAUGAUCAAAGCAGGACCUUACCUUUAUUUGUUGGAGGAGUUACUGGACAUCCACCGCCUGGAGUCGGGGCUAUCGCUUGGAGUGACAGCGAUGAACUUCCCAAUGGCAGUAUUGUUGCAGCGUUUGUAGAUGAUGUGUGGAUCCUAGCAAAAAUUAUGGUAAGUGUCCCUGUUAUAUUUUUUCAUAUUUUAGUCAACAAGCGGAAACGGAAAGUAUGAUAUUCGGGAUAUCGACGAUGAAGGAAGUCGUCGAAUAGCAAUACGGAGACAAAGGUUGAUUCCUCUGCCUAUUUAUCGUGCUGAUCCUCAUCGUGAUGCUCAUGCUUUAUUCCCAAUUAAUGCCAUUGUAUUAGCUCUGUAUCCUCAGACCACUUGUUUUUACAAAGGCGUCGUAGAAAGGACUCCACAAAAUGAGUUCGACGACUAUCUAAUUGCUUUUGAGGAUAACUCUUUUGAUUCCGGGUACUCUCCUCCAUUCGAAGUUGCCCAACGUUAUGUUAUAACCUUCAAAUACAUAAAGCCUAAGGGAAAACCAGAGGAAUAG